UUUCAAACCAAAUCAACCAAAAGCAUGGUGAAGUAGGAGAGAGUAAAUUAGAGGUGCCCUUAGAAAUUAGAAAUUCCCUCCAAGUUUGAAGUGGUUUGUUUGGCAUAUAGGGUUUUGUUGUUGAAGCAUUAAUCGUUAAGCAUGGCAUCAUCGUCGUCAAGCAACAGCGCCAUCUACGACGUUCCAUGGGUAGAGAAGUACCGACCAAGCAAGGUCGUCGAUAUUGUCGGCAACGAAGACGCCGUCUCCAGACUCCAAGUCAUCGCUCGUGACGGCAACAUGCCCAACAUCAUUUUAUCCGGUCCUUCUGGAACUGGGAAAACCACUAGUAUUCUCGCCCUUGCUCACGAGCUUCUCGGACCCAAUUACAGAGAGGCAGUUCUCGAACUCAAUGCAUCAGAUGAUAGAGGAAUAGAUGUUGUGAGGAACAAGAUCAAAAUGUUUGCUCAAAAGAAAGUAACGCUGCCUCCAGGCAGACACAAAAUCGUAAUACUUGAUGAAGCUGACAGCAUGACAUCCGGAGCACAACAAGCUUUGAGAAGGACAAUGGAGAUAUAUUCUAAUUCUACUCGUUUUGCGCUUGCUUGCAAUACAUCUUCUAAGAUUAUUGAACCCAUUCAGAGUCGGUGCGCCAUUGUGCGAUUUUCACGAUUAUCUGAUCAAGAGAUACUUGGUCGUCUCAUGGUUGUGGUUCAAGCUGAGAAGGUUCCUUAUGUUCCUGAAGGACUUGAGGCCAUCAUUUUCACUGCUGAUGGUGAUAUGAGGCAGGCAUUGAAUAACUUGCAAGCAACAUACAGUGGCUUCCAGUUCGUUAACCAAGCUAAUGUUUUUAAGGUUUGUGACCAGCCGCAUCCACUGCAUGUGAAGAAUAUGGUGCGUAAUGUGAUUGAAGGGAAUUUCGAUGAGGCCUGUUCGGGGCUCAAGCAAUUGUAUGACUUGGGAUAUUCUCCGACAGAUAUCAUCACCACACUUUUUCGUAUAAUAAAAAAUUAUGAUAUGGCAGAGUACUUGAAACUGGAAUUCAUGAAGGAAACUGGAUUUGCUCAUAUGAGGAUUUGUGACGGAGUUGGUUCUUAUCUUCAGAUGUGCGGUCUGUUGGCUAAGCUUUCUCUAGUUCGCGAAACUGCUAAAGCUGCAUGAGUAGGUCAUAAAGCUGCAUGUUAUUUUUCACUUUUAUAAUAGUGAGAAUGUUGUACUGAUGAAGCAAGUAGAUUUUAUUAUAUCCGGAUAUCCAAAUGCUGAUUGAUACAUGAAUACUUCAAGUUCUAAAAAUGUGUUAUGUGUAACUUGGGUCAAUAUUACUUUUUGAAAUGUUUUUUUGUAUAUAA